GUGACCGUCCAGCGCUACUGUUCGCCAUGAAGACCUGUGAGUCCUCCCAAGAAAACGACGCCCUGCUUGAAGUGAUCCUGUAUGCCCUCAUGGGUAUCAACAGUACAGCCGGCCACGGCGUACAAGACCCUGGUGAGUUGCAGGCUACUCUGUUGUCCAUCCUGCGGGACCUGCUGCUGGAAAGCGGCACACCGCCGCCACCCGCGUUAGAGAGACUCGUUUCACGCACCAACAGAUCCUUGCAACGCCGUCAGCGCCGACGACAGCGGGAGGCGCAGCGUCAGCAACUCCAGUUAAGAGAGGGAAGCACAGACACGCCUGACCAUGCCGCCGGCACCACUUCUGGCCACAGUUACUCUGACACCAGACUUCAUGAGUCGCCCCUCCACCAUCCUGCCCACGCCGCCCACCACUUGACACGACUGAUAGCCGUCGCACCAGACAUCCACCUGUCACAGUUGGCGUCAUACCGCCGUCCUUCUCACCUCCGCCAGGUAGUGUCGUCAACGUCUGUGUCAGAGGAACAAACACGUCGCCGCCGUCAGCACCUACAGGAGGAACAGCGUCAGCGGUGCCCCUCAGAGACCUGCCCUGAAACUGGCAACGAGGAGUGACACACAGCAGCCACUUACUGUGACCUCGCCAUAACAACAUUCUUCCCUCCUUCUAUUGCGCUUUAUUUGCUCUAUGUAAA